AUUGCGGAACACCCGGCCGUGCCUCCGGGGAGGAUAUGACUACUGCAUGGAAGAGAUGCGCUGAUGAUUACGAUUGUUCCUCCAAAUGCGUCAAUGCCUACUUCAAUCGUAACAAGGGAGGGUGCGCCAAAACUAUUAAAGAUAAAUGUCAGAUUAUGUCGCGUCUUCACAGGGGUGGCCCGACAGGAUGCAAGAAGCCUACGACUAUCAAAUAUUGGCGAACUAUCCAAAAAUGUGCGGAUGCUCACAAACGUGAGCCCUUAAAGCCGAUCAUCAUAGAAAUCACUCUGGAUGGAAUAGAACAAUAAAG